AUGCAAAUCCGAAUAGUGAAUUCUAGGCCCACUACCUUUCAUCCUGUUUGCAGAGCGUUUUGGAGAUCAAGGGAAUGGUAUAUGAAAAAAUCGACAUCCGGUUUAGACGAGGAAAACCUACCUUCCCCCAAGAAAAGGCAUUUUAGAAAGAAGAAGUCAAGACCACCGAGAAACCCAGACACCAACAAGCAACAGCGGGUCCAUGAGCAGGUGAUCACACUACCCUGUUCCAUCUGCAGGCAAGAAAUUGACCUCUUUGGUGUUUUUCUCCAUAAGCGGCAGCAUGUGGCUCUGGCCACACUGGGUUUACAGUGGAUGGUCAGGAAGAAGCCGCAGUCCUCAGUGAUCAUUCUUCAGAGACAGUUCGUCAUUUCUAAGCUGCUGUCGUCCGCUUCGCUCACUGAGAAAUCCCUGCAGAGCAUCAACCGUGCUUUUGAGCUGCUUUGGAAAAAGCAGAUACCGGCAUACUAUAAGAUCUUUGAGGACGUCCACGGGAGGAGUUCUACAUACCCUCAAAAAACCUGUCACCUGUUAAUUAAAGGAGUCGCCAUUUCUAAAAACAGGAACUCCACAUGGAAAGCCAACAUGAAUGAUACCUUCACAGUAGUGGAUCAUUUUGGCAACAGGCCCAAUGUGUGUUUUUUCGGACUGUUUGACGGGCACCACGGGGUCUCCGCGGCAGAGUUGACGUCGAGGGAGCUCCCGGUGUUAAUUCUCCAUCAGCUUUCCCAGAUUGACCCUUCCUACCAAAUGACACCUGCAGAGUGGCAAAUCGUCGAUUCUUUUCACACCGUGUUCAGAGAAGACUACACAGUGGCCGAAGACCUCUUUUCUUCCGUAAACAAAAGGGCAAGAGCAAGCGAGUAUGAGGACACACACAAAGCUUUCGCAAAAGCGUUUUGGAGAAUGGACAGGCUCCUACGUCUCGGAAGAAACGAAGUUUCCAGGGUUCGAUGGAGUGGCUGCUCCGCUGUGACGUGCAUCUUAGAAGGUAACAUUAAAUGUCCUUAUGCUCCCAAGAACCAGAGGACAAGCGACUGGGAUGGAUCGGCAGAGAGUUCCCCUUCCCAGAAGAUGCCACAGAUAAUUUCUGGAGUAUUACACAUUGCCAACACUGGUAAUGUGCAAGCAGUCUUAUGCAGAAACGGGACAGGAUUUUGCCUAACCAAAGAGCAUACCACACGAAACACGCAAGAAAGACGACGAGUACUUCAGAACGGAGCAGUGAUUAGUUCAAGUGAACCUCAUGGGCUCCUGGAGGGGCAAGUGAAAACCACACGAGGACUUGGAUUUCACGGAAAUCUCAAACUGAAAAAGGUCAUCAUUCCAGCACCUCAAACGCUUUCUGUACCGAUAGAUGACUUAUGUCAGUUCCUUAUUUUAGCUACCAAUGGACUCUGGGAAGUUCUGGAUCAAGAGGAAGUCACUGCACUGGCAAUGAUGAUGUUUCACAUGUAUAAAGAAACAUACUGCUCCAUCACAAACAAAUCUUCCCCAUCCAAAGGGCCUCUGCCGCUUUCAGUGAGUGAACCAAGAAUCCCUAAAUCAGAAAGUGAUAUCCAUGUGUUGUUUCACUAUAAAUCUGAAUCUAAAGAAUGUGUGCCAACUCCAAAUUCCAAGGAAAUGUUCUCUGAUUCAAACUAUUCUAAAUGUUGCAUUUAUAGCCCUGAAAACAUAGAAACAUUUCUAUCAGAAAUGACUCACCGUGAACCUUCCAGUGAGAAAGAAACCAACAGACCAACCAGUGUAGACAGUGUGCCAACAAACCAAGACAGAGAACCCAGCGCCAAGAGUUUCUAUGAAGGUGCAGCUGAGUACGUGAGUCAUGAACUCGUGAACGCUGCUCUACAAGCUGGCUCCAGAGACAACAUCACGGUUAUGGUCAUACUUCUCAAUGGAAGUGAGUAUCAGUUUCUGGCAUAA